GACUGCUGCUACCUGUCAGACAUGAACUCUCCACCGUCUGAGGGCUGAUUUUUCAGGAGAUCCCGGGAGAAACUGAAUGCUCAGUUGGACAAAGAUUUGCUGAUCCUCUUCAAACAAGAUCAGCACUGCUGGAUCCAUGGAGGAUCUCCGGCUGAAGAUUGGAGCGGUGUCACAGACAAUAUGUCCCAGUCCACAGGCUCCGUCGGAGGAGGACUUAAAGGUCCCGAAUGGUGGGAAAGAAGACAAAAUGCAGAUGAAGAGGGAAAUUUCCCUGGUCAACGGGAUCUGCCUCAUCGUGGGGAACAUGAUCGGUUCUGGGAUCUUCGUCUCGCCAAAGGGUGUCCUCAUGCACACCUCGUCUUACGGCCUCUCGCUGCUCAUCUGGGCUCUUGGAGGCAUCUUCUCGGUGUUUGGCGCUCUGUGCUACGCCGAGCUCGGCACCACCAUCACGAAAUCCGGAGCCAGCUACGCCUACAUCCUGGAGUCCUUCGGCGGCUUCCUGGCCUUCAUCCGCCUGUGGACGUCCAUCCUGCUGAUCGAGCCGGCCAGCCAGGCGGUGAUUUCUCUCACGUUCGCCAACUACCUGGUGGAGCCUUUCUACCCCACCUGCCAGCCUCCGUAUGACGCCGUCCGGCUCAUCGCCGCAGCCUGCCUCUGUAUCCUCAUCUUCAUUAACUGUGCCUACGUGAAGUGGGGGACUCUGGUCCAGGACGUCUUCACAUACGCCAAACUCAUGUCGCUGUGCCUUAUAAUCACUGUGGGAAUCCUGAAAAUAUCAACAAGAGACCCAGAGAGCUUCGACAAUGUGUUUGAGGACUCCUCCAAAGACCCCGGAGCCAUAGCUUUGGCCCUCUACUCAGCGCUCUUCUCCUACUCUGGCUGGGAUACACUCAACUUUGUGACUGAGGAGAUCCAGAAUCCAGAGAGAAAUCUGCCCCUGGCCAUCGCCAUAUCCAUGCCCAUUGUGACGAUCAUCUACCUGCUGGUCAACGUGGCGUACUACGCUGUUUUAGACAAGCCAGCUCUGUUGGCCAGUGACGCUGUUGCUGUGACGUUUGGAAAUGCGGUGCUGGGGCCCUUCAAGUGGAUCAUCCCCGUCUCGGUAGCCAUGUCCUGCUACGGCGGACUUAACGCCUCCAUCAUUGCCGCCUCUCGGUUGUUUUUCGUCGGAGCCAGAGAGGGCCACCUCCCUGACAGCCUGAGCCUGAUCCACCUGAAGCGCUACACGCCCAUUCCUGCCCUGCUGUUCAACGGACUGAUGGGGCUGAUCUUCCUGUGCGUGGAGGACGUCUUCCAGCUCAUCAACUAUUUCAGCUUCAGCUACUGGUUCUACGUGGGUCUGUCUGUGGUCGGCCUCAUAUACCUGCGCAUCACUCAGCCAGACAGACACAGGCCCGUCAAGCUGUCCCUCUUCUUCCCGUUCAUCUACUGUCUGUGCAGCCUCUUCUUACUGAUCGUCCCGCUGUACGAAGACACCAUCAACUCCCUCACAGGAAUCGGCAUCGCGCUGUCCGGAGUGCCGGUUUACUACGUGACCAUUUAUAUGCCUGCGGAGCGGAGGCCCAAAUUCAUUCGCAAACUCAAUGCCUUUGCCACCAAAUACACCCAGAUCCUGCUGUACUGCUGCCUGACUGAGUUUGACACUGAAGAUGAAACACAAGUAAACAGUAAGACGCAGUAAGAAACAGACAGAAGCCAUCUUUCCUCAGUCACCGGCUGACCUGAAGCCUUUUUUUCCCCGGAGUGUGGCGGCGAGGCGCCGGCUCUCGCCGCAUUUCAGAGGAUUGCUCCUGCAGGCCUGCGACUCUAAUGACUUACCAAGAGGGAGCGAUCAUCUGGGACGCUACAAGCUGCCAAGGCAGUUGACUGUUUUUUUGGAGAACAAGGAGAAUCGUUGAAUCAUGUGAGAGUCUGAAGUUUUAUUAUUGGAAGAGAAUAUCUGCAGAUGUGUGUCAAUAUGCCGCUUCACCCUGAAGCUGUUGAAGCUCCUCUUCUUUCUCCAGUUUUUUUUGUUUCAGUGCGUAUUUUUAGUUUGUCUCAGACAGAUUUCCACCACCGACUCCUUCUCUGCACUGUGUCUGAUACGAUCCGGCAGCAGUUUCUUUGAGUUGUUUGCACCAUGUUGCCUUUUCAGAGCAGGUUUUUGGAGGCAAAACAUCUUCUGCUACCAGGAGAGAUUUUUUUUCUUUUUCUUCUCAGAAACUUCUCUCUUGAGCUUUGUGCUCAGUGGAGAUCCACCCAUAAAUCAACAACUGCUGUGAAAUGAAAUGAUGAUAGUGUUACUUAUUCAAAAAAGUUUCUGCCAAAGGCCUUUUUCACAAAUGACUGUUUUAACUUUUUAAUGUCUAUUUACAUGUCCGAUCCCCUCAGUCAGGAAAGAAUUUGAACUUGUCUAUGAAAAAUUGAGGGUUUUUUUUAUAUGUUGAGAGAUCUUUAGUUGUGUUUUUCAUGGUGGGGAAAAAGUGUUAAUGUGGUAAUUUACCAUUGUGUAUUUCUAUUAAACUGCAGUUGCAAGAGA